UGGAGUUAGCAAAGCAAAAUUUUAAUAAAUAAUUGUAUUAAAAUUUAAAAUAAACUUUAUAAAACUCCUCAGAGUGGGCUGUUCUGAGGAGUUUUUUUCCUCUAUCCUCAGAACAGCCCUUACUCUGACCUCAGGACAGAGUAAGAGCUAUUCACUUAGGCAAGUGUUUAAUUAGAAUAAAAGGUCUUUUUGGUGAACAAUCCUAAGAGUAAAGAGAGGUCUGUUCACAUAGAUGAGGGUGUAGUAGGGGAAAAAAGUGAUCACAUGACAUAGAUGCUGUGCAUAUCAAUGCGGUUAUAAACAAGUUUGAAGGAGAGCUUACUUUGAAAUAAUGGAAGAGUGAAAAUAUUAUUUAGGAAGGUUAACAACGGUACAAUUAAAGGAGAAAUUAAAAAAGUAUAAUGCCAAGUUAGCUGGUUGUAAAGACGAUUUAAUAGAAAGGUAAGUUAAAAUAAUCUACAUCUACAUUUUUAUCGUUAAUUAUUACAUUUAAACAUUUAUAAUUUCAAGUCCUUAUGACUAUUACAUGAUAAGGUUGAUGAAAUUUUUAAGGGUAAAAUUUCACAAAAUGCAUAUUUUUCGUUAAUGAAAGCAGAUCUAAAGAUCAGUAAAAUUGUCAUUGAUUCUUUUCACUUUUAUCUAAACCAAUGCGUAAGGUGAAAACUUUAAAAUGAAUUAUUUUUCUCCCUGGAAUAUGGUCAUGUACUGAGCCUAAUAUAUUAUAACCAAUUUAUACCAGUACCUGAAUAGGUUAUUACUAUAAUUUAGAAGAACAAUCGACACAAACAAAACUAUUUCCUAUGAAGUUCUAAGACAAUAUAAGGGAUACAGUAUAUAAAUCCUUUACCAAGAGAAUACCUCGUAUAAUUUUUGUAUGUAAAAUAAAUAUAAUUAAAAUGCCUUUUUAUUGGUCACAAGUCUUCUAAUUUGUUUCAAUAGUUUAAUGUAAUAACACUAAUUUCUUCACCAAUAAACUUCUUUUAUGCUUCUGAUACAAAACUUGUUAGACCACCCAGUGGUCAACCUACAACUGCUUUUAAUGUGUUGUCAUUUUUAUAUUAUGACCACCUAGCCUGCUGUGUAACAGGAUUUUUUGGUUUGCUUAUUUUGAAUUCUAGAGAAUCAAUAAUAACUCUAGUAUUUGGAAAUUUCAUUUUAAAAUCACUAGGCAUGACUAGGUGUGUCAACAAGAGAUAUCUCACUUCAUAUAUCUAAUUCUCUCCAUUGUAACUACAUAUUAAAUUGAUCCAAAGUGAUAAAAAAAUUUCUUACUGUUAGGAUUUAUCACACCUAGAUAUUAACAUGUAAGCCUUCUUCACAUCUCCAGGUGUGUUAACCUGUCCCUGCAUUUCUGGCUUUCUAGCCAGAAAUGCGGUGUUAAUGUUGAGCGUAACGUAAAGAAUAUUGUGUAACGUUACUUAACCUUAGAGUUAACUGCCGGCAACACUGAUUUUCUCAAGCGUGUUACGAACGGUUUGCGAAAAAGUUCUGGUUUCUUUUUAUAUUUUUCAACUAAUCCCACCCCGUAACGCCGUCGCACGAAUCCAUCCCCACAGAAUGACGUAACGCGUUUCCCUUAAUUCUACCGAGGAACAAUAUAGCCUACAGUACGGGGUUUCGAGCGUUACGUUAUUUUAUUAAUUACGUUCGAUUCGUACGACGAAGUGACGUAAACGGUACACUGUUCGAUAUGGAACACCUCAUAAACAAAUUAAUUAUUGUGUUACCCGAGGGUUGAGGCCCUAGCAUUACGUAACAUUUUUGUAAACACCCCAUCCCCUUGUGGCCCAUCGUAACGAUUACCUACCCACCCACGUAUCUGCGUUACAUAAUCCCUUAUAAAACAGAAUAUGAACACCAAAAGGUUGCAUCAAAGUGGGCCUAAAAAAUGUUCGUUAAAAUUAUUUAUUCAUCAAGUUCAUUUCUUGCGAAUUAAGGCCUUAACUUGUCAAAUCUUAUUAUUUAAAAAAAUACAAUACAGUUCUUAAUGCCGUGUUUUGUAGUAUAUUAAUGGGGCCUUGGAAAGGAAAGUAGCCUGGACCGGAUUUACGAGUGGAUAUUCUUGGUGCGUGCCCAGGGCUUCCACAAAAGAAAAAAUAAAGCAAGGAAUGAUUCAAGAAACGAAAUACAUUCAGGGCCGUCGUCAGAAGAAGGGAGCUUUUUCUCGGGCCUGGACAAAACUUAGAGGCCCGCGUAGUAGUUCCUACCCUCGUAACAAUUACUGUUAUUUUAAUAACAAAAAAUAAAAAUGAAGGAAAGGGCCCACCAGUGGCCGACUAUUGGUGAAACCACCAAACACUAAUAGUUGGUCGCGGGUUUGCACCUCGCUGUCCACAUGAGUUUUCCUACGUAACACCUAAAAAAAGGGCCAGUUAUCCAUAAAAAGUUUUUCCGGGAGCAUCACCUACGUGUAUAUAAACAAUGGAUAAAAGGCCCCGUACAAUCUCUCGACGUCCCUGGUUACAUUUUUACGAAUUUAGAAUAGAGUUUGCACGGGUGUUAGUCGCUGUAGGGCCUUCAUUUCUCUAUUUAGGUGCCCCAAGUAAUUUAAUCCAUCCCUGCACAGAAUAAUGCUGACUUAUAUGGUGUUUAAACUACUUUUAUAAUUAUUCUCAUCGAUUUUGGGAGCGUGUGUUACAUCUACACUCUUCCUACAGAACGGAUGACAUCGAUAUCUUGUCACUGCACACUUGACAUUCCCUUUUACUGAGUGAAACAAUGCUCGUCCUUAACACAAAGUAUUAUGAAUGCAAAGUAUUAUGAAGCACCCAUUGUGGAUACUCAUAAUCACUUCUUACCUUCAAUUGAAUUCUACAAUGGAGGAAGAAACAAUAAAUUUUCGAGAAGCAAUAAUUUCUGUCGUACUUAAAAACGGAUGGAAGAACAUUAUGAUUAUAAAUGGCCUGGAAAACGUUACCGACUCGCUGGUAUCUUCUUUAUUCAAUGUUGGAUUAAGUACAACAGUAAUAAAUGCGGAUCGAGUCCAACAAUAUGGCCAUUUCCCGAGCAGGAAGAAACUUAUUCGAGAUUUUAAUGGAUAUUUACUAGUAACAAAAACGGAAAAAAGUCUGGAAAUUAUCACCCGACAACUUAAAGUGAAAAGGCGAGUCAUCAACGCUCGAAGAAAAUGGUUCCUUGCUGCAUUGUUUACUACGGGCAAACCCAAUUUGGAGUUAAAAGAGGGCGAUAAUGUACUCUUUUUAAGGAAGAAAUUGGCCGAAUACGAGGAAAAUAAGCUUCUUUGUCCGAAUCAAAUAAAUGAAACUGGAGGAAUCGAAGAGAUUUAUACUCUAUAUUCAUUAUAUUCUACUGGAGGUGGAGACAUUUUCUUUUGUAAAAUUGGAUAUUGGAAUCAAAAAUUACACCUUUUUCACGACAAUAGCAUUUAUUAUCCUCACUUCAAGAAUUUUAGAAAUAGAACUUUAAAUAUAACUUCUCUCGGGCGUUAUCCGGUUCGAGAGGAACCAACCGGAAACGAUCCGAGAUGGAAAGGUUGCAUGUUCGAAGCAGUAAACAUCUUGGCAGAUCAUUAUAAUUUCAGUUACAUUGUUUACGAUCCACCGGAUAAAAUGUACGCGCUUCCAAUAAACGGAAGCAAAGCGGAUUGGAAAGGAUUAAUUGGAGAAUUAACAACUCAGAGAGCAGAUAUGGCUGUUGCUGAUCUUUCUUGGAGUCCCGAUAGGGCAGCGGCUGUCGAUUUCACUCAUAAACUCUUCGACGAAACUUUAACUUUCAUUUACAGGGCACCGAAUUUCUUGACCCGAGCUUGGAUUUUAUUCGAACCCUACAGCAAACAGAUGUGGAUGGCUUUGGGUCUUACUGCAAUAUUAAUUUCGCUCACUCUGUUUUUCAUAACUUGUCUGGAUGUUUGUUUACUUCAAAAUACAAAAGUGGAGGUGUUAAACCUAUUAUAUUGGGCAAUCGAAGCUACUUUUCGGAUAAUGGUUACUCAAGGUAGCGACACUCUUCCUAUUAUGAUAACUGGAAGAAUUAUCGUUGGCACGUGGUUAUUGAGCAUGGUAAUUUUUGUAGCAAUUUACAGUGGCAAUUUGACUUACAGUUUGUCAUUUCAUAAAACCGACAAACCCGUGGAUAAUCUGAAAGAGAUGGUCUCUAAGUAUUCUUCAGCAAAGUUGGCUGUGAGAUACGGUUCGCUUCCGCACAGUUAUUUUAUGGAAGACAAUUGGAUUUAUAAAGACGUGUGGAAGAAUAACAUGGAACAAAAUGUCGUGCCGGGCGACAUCUUAGACCAAGAAAUAAUGAAUCUCGUGCGAAAUUCUAGUUACGUGUGGAUCUCCGAGAGGACAAUAUUACAAUACGAAAUGAUAGAAGCAUCCGUCAAUCAUACCUUUUGCGAAUUUUACGUGUCCAAAGCUAAUAUCUUGCACACAGAUUGGGCUAUAGCAUUGCAGAAAGACAGCCCAUUUUUGCAGCAAUUCAAUAAAAAAAUUAAAUGGAUGAGAUACAGCGGGUUGGUGAAGAAAUGGAAGAAACACUAUUGGACCAAGAAAAGGCAGGGAUGCGUAUCGACCGAUGGAAUUAAUCGUCAAGAACUAGUUCCUGUAACUCUAGAUGACACUGAAGCUGUAUUCUUCUUGUUGGCAGGAGGUUUUCUUCUCAGUUUUGUUGUAUUCUUAUCAGAAAUUAUUGUUUUUCGCAUCUCUAAAUUUCAAUCACUCCCGUUAGAAAAACUAAACACAAUAAAAAGACAAUUAACAAAACAAUAAAAAUGAACAAUGUCAAUCUGCAAACUGUAAGAAAUAAAAUGGAUUCAAUUUAAUUUAAUACAGAAAAAUUAAUUAUUACAGUCAUAAUAUCCGCUUCUAGAUAGCGGCCAUUUUUUCAAUAUUUUUUUAGAAUAAAAAUGCAUACAAAUUAACCUUCGAAAAACUUAUUUCUUAUGUUUUCGUCAGUGUCCGUUGUUUAGAGGUUUGAUUGUAUUUUAUUUUU